CCUGUCUAAAGAUAUUUGAACAUUUUACUUGGCAUCUCUGUUCAUGAAACAGCAGAAAUUAGCGUUCACCAUUCCGCAAGAAUUUGAUUGUAAUUUAAGCUUUUUUGUGAUUAUUAUUAUCAGAAUCAAUAUGACUACUGACAUCGCUCGCGAUCUGGAAGCACCCGGAUUCAGUUUUGAAAACUGUCGCAGAAAUGCUCAACUAUUGAAGCAAGGAUUUGUUCCGCCGAAAGCUAUUAAAACUGGUACAACAAUUGUUGGGAUUAUUUACAAAGAUGGUGUCAUUUUGGGAGCCGAUACUCGUGCUACUGAGGGCCCAAUCGUAGCGGAUAAAAAUUGCGAAAAAAUUCACUACUUGGCUAAAAACAUGUACUGCUGUGGUGCCGGAACAGCUGCUGACACGGAGAUGACCACUCAGAUGAUAUCAUCAAAUUUAGAAUUGCACCGGUUAAAUACUGGACGAACAGUCCCGGUAGUUGUUGCUAAUACAAUGUUGAAACAGUUUUUGUUCCGCUAUCAAGGUUAUAUUAGCGCUGCUUUGGUUUUGGGCGGUGUGGACCAUACGGGAUCGUACAUUUAUUGUAUUUAUCCUCACGGAUCGACAGAUAAGCUGCCUUAUGCUACAAUGGGAUCAGGUAGUCUUGCAGCUAUGUCCGUGUUCGAGUCUCGCUGGAAACCGGAUAUGGAUGAAGAGGAGGGCAAACAGUUGGUUCGUGAUGCAAUUGCUGCUGGAGUUUUCAACGACUUAGGAUCCGGUUCUAACAUUGAUCUAUGUGUGAUUCGAAAGGAUGGUGCACAAUAUUUGAGGACGUUCGAGGAAGCUAAUAAAAAAGGUACCCGUUCACUCGCAUAUGACUACAAACCAGGAACAACGGCCGUUCUACAGAGCAAGUGUUUCAAAAUUGAUAUUACCGAGGAAUGCGUGCGAACUCUGAUCCCUGUUGGCGGUGUGGAAAGCAUGGAUAUCGCUUAGAAUUUAAUCGUUUUUGUAUUUAACAUAUUGAAAUGUCAAUAAAUACACAUUUGCAGACAUA